AUGAACUGGCAAUCAUUGGCGAUCUGUAUCUUGUGUUUGAGUCAAAUCUGUCUCGCAGACAAUGGCAUGGUUAUGUCCAUGGAUGAUGGCAUCACUCUUGCCGUAGGGAACAUGCUGUCGUAUCUGCACUUUACGCCAGGAGACACUCUUUGGUUCCUUGGCUGGGUUCCUAAGAGCUCGGGAGCCAUGGUUGGCACAUGUUUCGCACUGUUUAUGUUGGCGGUGAUCGAGCGCUGGAUAGCGGCUUGUCGAGGAGUGAUGGAAUUCCACUGGAACCAACAGGCGGUUAUCAUUGCGUCGGACAAACUCAAUACUCUACCAACUCGGUCAUCUCCCAUUGGAUUCAUAAAGCGCUUCACUCCCCCCUUUAUUCCUGCGCAUGAUAUCUCACGUGGGGUCAUGUUUGCAGCGCAGACGCUGCUGGAUUACCUCUUCAUGCUGACAAUUAUGACGUUCCAACUAGGUUUCAUAUUCUCACUUGUGGUGGGGCUCGGAGUGGGAGAAGCUCUCUUUGGAAGGUUUGGUAGUGUUACGUGUGCGCAUUAA